GGUGGUAGCGCACUUGGUGGUACAGAAUUGCGUAAAUCUAUAGCCUCAAAUCUCUUGGUAGCAACAGAGAAUACACGAGCUCAUCGUGAUUCAUUUUGUGAUUUUCUCGAUUUUCAGGCAAAUCGUGGUCAAGAGAAAUUAUCUCCCAGAUUUGCUCCACGCAGAGAUAGUUUUGAUUGGGAUGCACUUUCAAGAAAACCAACAACAGAUGAUAAUCGCAUGUCUUUUAUUGGUCUUAAUGCGGUACCUUCUAAUACUUCGACCACACAAAAUGAUUCGUUUGAUACGAAAAUGAAUUCAUCGGAUGUUAUAAAAAUUCCUCUUAGAGAACGUAGCAAUACGCCACAACAUACUCCCGUCACCGGUAAACUAACACAAAUCAUGGAAGAGGAAAAAUGUCUACAGGAGACUUUGGAAACUUCUAGUCAAAAUCUUACCUCAGACAGUGAUAAAGAGAAUCCUCAAAUGGAUUUAGAUUUUGUACAAACACGUCUAAAACCUUUAGCAGUUGAUUUUAAUAGUACACCUCGUCGUGAAAGGACUUCCAUGGAAGGUAUUUUAACCUCUAACAAGCCUACCCAAAUACAGCCCGUGACUUCCACAGCUACCAAGAAACCUUUACCACAAGUUAAGGUAACUAGCGCUCCUAGCGAUGUUCAGCAAGCUAUUACGGAUUUACGCUGCGAGAUGUUACAACGUUUCGAUAAAUUGGAAUUUGAAAUGAAAUUUUUAGCUGAAAACAAUAAAUGGCAAAUAUUUACGCACAAUUUCAAUCUAUGGAAUCAACGUGCCGAACAAACAGAAGAAAUACGUGACUGUUUGGGUAUUCUAUUGCAGACAGAUCCGUUUGUUAAUGAAUUUCUAAGACUGAAGGAAGAAAAUGAAUUGUUAAAGAAACAAUUGCAACAAUUUAUUAAAGAUUAAUGUUUAAACAAUUUUUAUUUAUUAUUUUUUGCUCUAGUUUUUUGUUUUCUUUUUUUAAAUUG